CGACCACUGCAAAGUGUUGAGCGCGGGACAGACAGACAGACAGACAGGCUGUAGCCCACACCUCUCUCCUUCUGCCCAAGAGAAGACCCCAGACCUCUGCGCUCUCACGCAUCCCAAACAAUAAUGUGAAAAUCGGCUGGAAACGUUUGUCAGAUGUUUAAACUGAUCGUCGCUCCAUUCUACUUAAGUGCCGUUUUCUUUCCAACACUGUCACACAGUUUGCAGUCAGGCUACAGCAGGCUAUCCACCAAAAGGAUACCUGGUGUGAGAUGCGGCAAUGUCCCGAGGAAUAUGCCCACGCGUAAAGUCUUGCGGAUCCUUUUGGAUUUUGUCAGCGGUCAUAUUUGCGGCGAAUGUGAUCGACGUGGACGCGUACAGCUGCCAUGAAGUGAGGACCGCUUUCCAGCUGCGGCAGGUCGGGCCGCUGCACCGCGUACCGGAGACACCUGGCACAGAUGUGGAUCUGUUGGUUUGCAAGCACCAGGGUCCGUCUUGCUGCACCCGGAAGAUGGAGGAGAGCUACCAGUUUGCUGUAAAAAGAGAAACCCUCCACAACAUUCACUCCUACAGCUAUGAGCUGGAGCACCUCCUCUCCGGCCACUCGGAUGCUUUCCAGGACAUGUUCCAGUACCUUCUAUCCUUCUCUCAGGGCCACCUGAGCUCUUUGUUGGAGGGAACCUACUCAUCCCUGUCCCGCCAUGCCCUACCCCAUGUUAACCAACUCUUCUCCUCCCUCUCACUCUACCUCCGUGGGGCCAAUGUCUCUGUGGAGGCUUCAGUUCAUCAGUUUUUUAACAACCUCUUCCCACUCGUCUACACACGGCUCAUCAAUCCAGGCAGCAUAAUGACGGGCAAUGAAAUGGGUGACUGUCUCCGUAUGAUCAGGCAAGAUGUCAACCCUUUUGGGCCUCAUCCCGCCGUCAUGGCCCAAGAACUGGCUGGAGCGCUGGGAGCCGGGCGACAACUUGGCUUGGCCUUGGAGGAGGGUCUGGAGGUGAUGAAUGCCACUGAACAUGUCAGCCUGAGCAAAGAGUGUGUGAAGGGCUUGGUGAAGAUGGUGUACUGCUCCCACUGUAGGGGCUUGACGCUGAUCAAGCCCUGCGUGGGCUACUGUCUGAAUGUAAUGCGAGGCUGCUUGGCCAGCGUGUCCGAGCUGGAUCAGCCUUGGAGAAGGUAUACCAGCUUGUUGGAGCAACUAACCCACGCCAUGGCUGGGCACCACAGCCUGGAGCUAGCUCUGCUGGGGGUCAGGGGGCAUGUUAAUGAGGCCUUGCUCUACGCACAGCUCCAUGGUCCACUCAUUACUGCCACGGUGGACAAGGUGUGUGGGCUGUCUACUGGGGAACCUUCAAGCAUGCAGCCUACUAGCCCAGAGGUCACAACCUCUUCUCUGACCUCCUCGUCUCCUCUCCCAUCUGCCACCCCCUCCAAACCUCUACCAGAGCAGUGGCAGGGGCAGUUAGCCCACUUGAGGAGCUCGUUCCCCCUGAAACCCUCCAAGAACAAUAAACAUAGUCUGAGAACACUCUCUAGGGAGUUCUUGAUGUACCUGCAGCGCUACAGGUCUUUCUUUGCAGCAUUGCCAGAGAUGUUGUGCGAAGGAGAGAAUGUAGUGGACGACUCUACAUGCUGGAGUGGAGAUGAUGUGGUGGAAAGCUAUUCUGGCAGAGUUGUGGGAAAUGGUCUGCACGCCCAGAGGCAAAACCCAGAGGUCAAAGUUCGCAUCCCGAACCCUACGCUGGCUGAGGUCAAGGAGAGGUUGGAGCACUUUAACCAGGAGACCCAGGAGAGGUUUCCCAAACUGGGACAGAUGGAGGCCUGGGAUGAUCUGGGCAGUGGGGAAACAGAGGAGGGCAGCAGCACGGACUGUGAUGAUGAAGAUGGAUGUCAAGCCUCUGGAGACGGUCACAGCCAGACCUCUCACACAGAAGCGCCCAGUGAAGGGAAUCCCAUUGUGAGACAGCAUGGAGGUGGCAGCCCGCAUGAGAACCCAUCCAAGCCCCCCUCGGUGAAGGUGAUAGGGGGCUCGGCGUGUGUCAUCUGGGUACGACCCUGGAGCCUUGCACUGCUCUUUGCUGCACUGUGCUUGCAGUGGACCAUGUUCUGAUCACAGCGCCCUCUGUGAAUCUACCACUCAACCCUGGCCCUCCAGGAACCACAUACAUGCACGCAGACACCCAUAUACAUAUCACUCAUAGUAUCCUUACUCCUGUCCUCAAUGUACAUGGAUGGAUGUUAAUGAUGGAAAAAUAAGAGUGAAAAACAAGAGAGGCUGUGGAAGAGAGGAGGACGACAUUGUGGGAAACUGCAGGAAGUCCUUGUCCUGCACCAGUGUGGGUGUUUGCACAAGCUAAGCCCAUGCACACUAUUCUACAAAGAUUAGGCCUGCUGCUUCUUCUAGGCUGUUUGGGGGCUAGACGUUUGUGUAUACAGACACCACGACAGCCCUUACAUAUGUGGUUCAGAACGGGACUGCAUCACUCUGAUUUUACUUAAAAACGCUUACACAUAUACAGACUCAAUUAUACAGUACGAACACAGCUGUCCUCUUUUUCUGUUGCUGCUUUUUACGUACCCUUCCAGGCUAAAAAGCCACAUCAUGACCGCUGCAUCAAUUGCAAGCUAGGAAGAAGAAUUCAACUCAUUUUCUUUUUGAGGAUUAAGGAAUGCAUGAUAGAUUGAUAGCUCAAUCCCAGGUGCCUGGCCCUGAACAGCACAUUUGAUGUACUCUAAUGACUGUGUACCUUGGCAGGGAUUAGAAUGUAAUGAGUUCAGGUAGAGCACGGGCACACUUGCACGGUUUAAUACAUUGUGCAGACAAACUAGGUGUGUAUAGUAUGUAACUGUAUAUAGGCUGAAAGAUUUGAUGGAGUGUGUUAGGCUCUGAUUCAACAAAAAGCUCUUAAAUGAUUGAGCUGAACAGGGUUUUCUUUUUCUUUUCCCUUUGCUUUGAAUGAACUGUGCUCAUCUGCUCCAUAUUACAUAGAAAACAGUGCAAAAAACUUAGAAAGAUAAUUUCUGUGACAAAUGCACAUCAUUUUCCAACUCAGUCACAACAUAAAUGGACACAUUAUUUGACAUUUGAACAACGUCUGUAAAUUGUUGAUUUUACUAUUGUGCAUACAGUUUUGUGUGUUUGCUUGUUGAAUUGCACAUUAAUGCAUGUAUAAUUUACGAGUUAUCAAAAUUAUUAUGCUAGGAUCUGGUCCGUCUUCAGGAAGCAUCAAAAACCUUCUCCAUUGCAUCUUGCCGACACAGUCACAUCAGGUUUCAUCUUCCUCUCUCAAAUGAUGGUUUGGAGUUUUAAUACAAGAGGAAACUUGGGAUACAAAUCCAAUACAAUUAAACACACAGAAUAAAACACACAGAAUAUUUUUACAAAGUUGGGUGCAUCUAUUGUUUGAUGCACAUGUGAGCCAUCAUGUAAGUCCCUCUACAUGGAUCGUACAUUAUCAUACAUUUUGCCAAAUAACCUUUCUCUCCAACCACUUUUUAGCAGACAAUUCCAUGGAACUGCAACACAAUAAAAGCAAAUCCUUCUUUGUUUGACUGAUUAUUAUUGAUGUGUUUUCCCCUUUUGUGUAGAGGAGGAUGGUUUACAUACUGGUACAGUAAAUUACCUGUGUGACUGAGGAUGAAUGUAUGGUCAUUGCAAUGCAGUUUCAGUAUUAAACCUGAUAAUGCCUAAAAGCUAGCUAAGCUAAGCUAAAUAGGUCAACACAUCUCCACAAGUAAAUGUGUACAGAAAUACUUCUUCUAUUACCUCAAUUGUAAACAACUCAUCCUCUCCUGACUGAAAGCUAAUUCAUCAUUGACUCUGCCUAAGUGCAAAAAGGAUGGCGUGCUUAACUACUUGCAAGUACAUACAAUUAUACAUGAAAGCCCAACAGUUAAAGGCCGCAGCUAUGUAAGGUUUUGACAGUUAACACGUGUCACCUUUUGUGUUCUGUAACCAUAUUUGUUUAGUUCAGGUGAUUUCCUCUAUGUAAGUUUUGUUUCUGAUUGUCAAUAAUUACACUCACUCACAGAUCACUUCCAGCCCUUUAAUAUUGCAUGUGUAUAAAUGUACAUAUUUUAAGUCACUUGCCAUUUGUUCUGUGUCUCAUUUCCUCUCUUUGUAUCAGUACGAUAUAGUGUAGCUGAGCUCUAUUAAAGGUGCUCUGCUUUUU